UUCAUCUAAAUUAGUUUCUAACAAAAGCCUUUUCUUCAUGGCUACCUUACAUAAACAUAUUACUCUUCAAAUGGCUGCUAUUAUACUGCUAGGAUUACUUCUUGGCAGCACUAUGAUAGUAGGGGCUCAAUCAAUAGGUAUUUGCUAUGGAAUGCUAGGCAACAACUUGCCACCAGCAUCACAAGUUGUACAACUCUACAAGUCAAGAAACAUAAGAAGAAUGAGGGUUUAUGAUCCAAAUCAAGCAGCUUUACAAGCUUUAAGAGGCUCCAACAUUGAAGUCAUGCUAGGAGUUCCCAAUUCAGAUCUCCAAAACAUUGCUGCUAACCCUUCAAAUGCAAAUAAUUGGGUACAGAGGAAUGUUAGAAAUUUCUGGCCAGCCGUUAAAUUUAGGUACAUUGCUGUUGGAAAUGAAGUCAGCCCUAUAACAGGCACAUCUUCACUUACCCGAUACCUUCUUCCGGCCAUGAGGAACAUUCGGAAUGCAAUUUCUUCAGCUGGUUUGCAAAACAAUAUCAAAGUCUCAACUUCUGUAGACAUGACCUUGAUUGGGAAUUCUUUUCCACCAUCACAGGGUUCAUUUAGGAACGAUGUUCGGUCGUUCAUUGAUCCGAUUAUUGGAUUUUUAAGGGGCAUAAAUUCGCCUUUGCUCGUUAACAUUUACCCUUAUUUUAGCUAUGCUGGUAAUCCGCGUGACAUUUCUCUCCCCUAUGCUCUUUUCACUGCACCUAAUGUGGUGGUACAAGAUGGUUCACUUGGAUAUAGGAACUUAUUUGAUGCAAUGUUGGAUGCUGUGUAUGCUGCCCUGUCUCGAGCCGGAGGGGGCUCAAUAGAGAUUGUUGUGUCCGAGAGUGGCUGGCCGUCUGCUGGCGCAGUUGCAGCGACAACAAACAACGCAGCAACUUACUACAACAAUUUAAUUCAGCAUGUUAAAAGGGGUAGUCCAAGAAGGCCUAAUAGAGUCAUUGAGACCUAUUUAUUUGCCAUGUUUGAUGAGAAUAACAAGAACCCUGAAUUGGAGAAACAUUUUGGAUUGUUUUCCCCAAACAAGCACCCCAAAUAUCCACUCAACUUUGGGUUUUCAGAUAGAUUUUGGGACAUUUCUGCUGAAAAUAAUGCUACUGCAGCUUCUCUCAUAAGUGAGAUGUGACAAGAUAAUUUGUUCUUUACGCAAUUUUAUUAUAAUGAGACACUAGUACUUGCUCUCUGUUAGUCCUCAUGGAUUGUUAACUAGAGACAAAUUAAGCAAAUUACAUAAACAAUUGAGUGCUGAUUCUGCAAUGAUAAAAUGGAAAUUAAUAGUGGUGUUUUAAACUUUCUGUUCUUGAGAUGUUGUAGUCUACAAGCAGCCUUUUGUAAGUUAAUAUUAAUUGCAAAGAAGAGAGACUCAUGUUUUCCAAGA